UCUCUCUCUUCAGCACAGAACAGAAAAAUCAUGGCUCUCUCUCAUGAGUUCCAAGCUCUCACAAAGUCUUUUUCAGGAUUUGGAGUGGAUGAGAAAUCAAUGAUAUCAAUAUUGGGAAAAUGGCACCAAGAUGAUAGAAAAUCAUAUAGAAAGGGGUGUCCUCAAUUUUUCACACAAGAUGAUCGCCUUUUUGAGAAGUGGGAUGAUCGCCAUGUUGCUUUUUUAAAGCAUGAAUUCCUACGUCUUAAGAAUGCGGUGGUGCUAUGGACCAUGCAUCCUUGGGAAAGAGAUGCUCGCUUGAUGAAGGAAGCAUUGGUGAAGGGCCCGCAGGCCUAUGGUGUUAUCAUAGAGGUCGCAAGCACCAGAUCAUCUGAACAAUUAUUGGGUGCUCGUCGGGCCUACCACUCCCUCUUUGAUCACUCCAUUGAGGAAGAUGUUGCCUACCAUAUCAACAACUCUUGUCGUAAGCUCUUGGUAGGAUUGGUGAGCUCAUAUCGAUACGAAGGGCCAAAGGUUAACGAAGAGAUUGCAAAAUCCGAGGCCAAAACACUUUUUGCUGCCAUAAAAAAUGCUGAUAAAAAGAAUCCCAUUGAAGAUGAAGAGGUAGUGAGGAUACUAACAACAAGGAGCAAGCCCCAUCUCAAGGCCAUAUUCAAACACUACAAAGAGAUCAAUGGCAAGAACAUUGAUGAGGAUCUUGAUGAUGAGUUAAGCUUGGAUGAGACCAUGCAAUGCCUAUGUACUCCCCAAACUUACUUCUCUAAGGUUUUAGGUGCGGCCUUUCAAAAUGACGCUGAUGAGCAUGCUAAAGAAGCUCUUACUCGAGUAAUUGUGACGCGAGCUGAUGAUGAUAUGAAGGAAAUCAAAGAAGAGUACCAAAAGAAAUAUGGAGUUUCACUGUCAAAGAAGAUUGAAGAUGCAGUCAAUGGGAACUAUAAGGAUUUCUUGCUUACUUUGAUUGCAAGAGGAGAGUGAAAAGUAAGGAAAUAAUUAAGUGACCCAAAGUUGGUUUUGAUGAAUUCUUCUCUUGUCCUUUUUUUUUUUUGUGGGGGUUUUUCUUUUUCAUCAUCUCUUGUGUUCUUGUACUUGUGUAUCGAGUGUUGUGUUACCAUAAAGAACAUUAUGAAAUCAAUGAUUCUGUUACUAUUUGCCAAUAUCUAA